AUGCUUCGCCGCAGCCGACUUGGGCGGCUUGGCAACUACCGCCAGCAUAGCGAUAAGGAGCGGGAACGCAUCGCCCAGGAGCGCCAGCGACGCAUUCUUUACGAUCACAGCGGCAACGUCAAAUUCUCUGGUUUGUUAUUUCUUUUCUGGGAGGAGUUUCGCGCGCCAAUUCUCUGUCUCGCCGGGGGCAUCGCCUUUGUGGUUGGGUACAACAAACUCAUCUAUCACUUGACUCUGCAGGAGUCCGCACAGGAGAGGGAGCUGGACCGGCAGAGCGAGGCGAACGCGCGGAUGUCAGGUAAGCUGAAGGGAGAUCGUUAUUUAGUGAAGCCACUGCGUCAGGUGGAAGACCCAGACUUUUUGAACAUCCCCUCGCACGCAGGGAAAGGCGUGUACUCCAGCAAACUCUUUGCUGAAGACUCGGCAGGCACGGACCCUCUGUUCUCGGAACGGAGGCGGAACUGA